AUAACAAAUAGCAGCCUUUGUCCCCAGGGUGUCGAGCAGUAACAAGUAGUGCUUGUGACAGAGUGAACAUGGCGGGACCUCUGAAGAUGGAAAAUUGGGAGAAACUUCUGUACGUUCAUAGAGGUGUGACAUUUCAUUCAAGUUUUAUUCCUCCUGAUUGCUGGGAUGAAAUUGAAACUUUUCAAGCCCGCCCAUCCGAUAUAUGCGUGGCAGCAGCUAUGAGGAGUGGUACACACUGGAUGCUACGCAUUAUCAACCUCAUCUUGGGAACCGACUCUCAAUCUCUCACCUCUCCGAUUUUCGAAGCAGUAUUGAUAUCUGCUGUGACAAAUCCCGACGCGCCACGACGUAUGGGUUACCAGGUGGUAGCAGAACUGCCGACCGAUCGCCCAAGGGUCCUGUACACUCAUCUCCCAGCUACGCACGUGCCAAAGUCAUUCUGGAACACCGAUGGAGUCAAGAUAAUCUACGUGAUACGAAACCCAAUCGACGUCAUAAAAUCUGGAUUCAAAUUGGAUUCGAACAUCUUCAGCGAUUUCCCACCGUUUUCUACAUAUUUGAAAAUGACUUUUGAUCCCAAACAGGCACAUAUGGGUACUUGGAUAAAUCAUGCUAGAAGUUUUUGGGAGAGACGAAAUCACAAAAAUGUGCUCUUCGUUUACUAUGAAGACCUUAAAGAGAGUUUCCAACCAACCGUUGCCUCGAUAGCAAACUUCCUGGAACGCCCUCUUUCGCAAGGACAACUCGACUGGGUUCAGGAGCGGUCUACCCUUGAGGUCAUGAGAGCUAUUCAAGCUCAGUGUCCACCGAACAAAGGCACUGGUUUGGAGACUAUCAUAGACAGAGGUCUGAGCAAUGAAGCGAUCAAAGAGUGUUCCGAUGAGGACGUAGCCCUCGUGAAAUCUCAGCUCCAGAAGUUGGCUGACACCGACAUUAGAUACCUGAAAGAAAUCCAGUAAAACUAAUCGACACCUGAAAGAAAUCCUGUAAAGUUAAUCGACACCAAUAUUUGUUUACAGAGAAAUCAAUCAAAAUCAAGGUUUGCGAUUUGUCUUCUUACCGAAUCGGUACAAGCCAUGAGCGUCGCGA